AUGUCGACGCCUCCAACCCCACUACAUAAUGAGGAUGUACAUGAAUUACCCUCGGGACCUUUGCCUGCUAGUUUACUAGCCAAUAUUGAAAUUGAAGAUGAUGAAGAUGAUGAAGAUGAAGAUAUGGAGGCUGUUAAUCAACCUAUACUACAUCUUCCAUCGAAAUUUACAGAAAACAUACAGAAUCAAAUAGCGAACAUUGACUCUGUUGACUCUGAAGCCAGCUUAGAAGAUGUUGAUUUAAGAGAAAUGAAACAGAUAACCUUACCUUUUGAAGAGGCAUUUGAUAUAAUGAAGAUCCUGCUUGAUGAAUUCGAACCAAAUUUAUUAACAGAACAUCAACAAAGUAAACUAGUAAACUAUAUUGAUGAGAAGUUAUUGAGUCUUCAAAGAAAGUUCAUUAGAAAUAAAGCAGAGACUCUAGAAGUAUAUUCUUUACAAGACUUAUUAGAAGAGUUAUCAUCUAUCCUAGCAGUAAUUUGGACAUCAAUUGAAAAGAAAAAUCCAUUAUUUGGACAAGAAGAAUAUUAUAUUAAAGUCGUAGGAGAUCUAGAGGAUUAUUUGAAGCAUUAUACUAAUUUAUUCAAUGAUAAGAUUGAUUUAAAUAUUCAUUUGAUACUAAGAUUUGAUAAUAAUAAGCUCAUAAAUUUCUUCUUAUUUUUCCAAAAAUUAGAUUUACAAAUAUCCUUAUUAAUUGAUGGAUAUAAAGAUAUAAAUAAUAGGAUUCAAAAAUUGAAUUCAACCCAUUUAGUUCGAUUAUUUCCAAUUAUUUCAAGAUUAAGAAUUUCAAUCAUAUAUAAAAUUGAUCAAGUCAGACAGAAACUAAGUAAAUUAGCAGAAUUACCUGAUACAGGAAUACAAACAAAACAAGAAGCCAAUAGUAUGUCAAACUUGUUAGAUUUAGAAGUAAGUCGACUCUUUGAAGGUAUACUUGAUAGAAGUACCUAA